AUGGCUGGGCAGUUCUUCCAGUCCACUCGAUGCAUGCUUGCUUCGGGAAAGCAUGCCGAUAUUCAAGUCAAAGUUGGGCCAAGGAAAAACCAUGUUGUUUUCUACCUGCACAAGACCCUUAUCGUCGCCCAAUCUGAGUUCUUUGAGGCGUGUCUCAAAAGUGAGGCAUUUGAGGAAGCCAGGACUGGCGUCGUGCAUCUGCCAGAGGAAGAAAUUGAAACAUUUCAACGAUUCAUCGCCGUCGUUUACACAGACAACUACAAUGAUGGUCUUGUGUACAAGGAAGAGAGUGAUAUUGACAUGAUAAUGAUGCAAGCAACGAAAGUUCCUCCUCCUCCCGAAUCCGAGCUUGCCGAUAGAUGCAAGGAUGGCAAGGACGAACCCGAACUCUUCUCAGUGAUUCUAGAGUCGGCAAAACUUUACUGCAUGGCCGAGAAGCUUCUGGCAGAGGACGUCAAAAAGGCAGCCAUAAAGCGCCUGAGACAUGUCAUUCACUGGUUCGGAACCAAGAUUGACCUCGACAGAGACCAUUCAAAGAUGCCAGAGACACUAGAGGCGCUGGAGAAAAUCGUGAUGAUGAUCUACAGCAAGACUGCACAAGAUGACGUCGACUUCAAAGAACGCUUGUGCUGGCUGGUUUCUCGGCAGGUGACCGAUCAGCACUUCUGGGUCUCACUUUUGCCCAUCUUUCGGCGGUGUUGGGAUUUCCACAUGGGCGUCAUGGCUUACAUCCGCAAGCCUGCUGUGGUCUGUGUCAAAUGUGAAAAGUCCUCGACGACUCGCGUGGUCUUGACGGCAGCCCAGUACGUCAUUUAUGCGUGUUUUCGCUGCCACAAGACUCGUAGGAUCACCAAGAGGUUUCUCCGCUGGGGAUCUGAGAAGUUUGGUCCAGAUGAAUGGAUUGCCCAGGAGCGGGAGCGGAUCGAGACGGAGGGUGAUGAUGAUGACGAGUGA